AUGGUGUCUGAACCUGAUUAUAUUCAUAUGUUGGAAUAUGAUAGUCAACCCGAGGUAGGUGAAGUUCAAGUAGGUGAAGUUGAGGCUGGUGAUAUUCUAAUUGGUGAAGUUGGUUUAGAGGGUGAAGAAGAACUUCCUGAGGCUGUAGGAGAUGUUCCUGAACUUUUUGAACAUGGUGAAGUUGAGGUUGGUCAACUUGUGGUUGAUGAAGUUGAUAAAGUUGAUAAAGUUGGAGAAGGUCAAGCGGAGGUUGAGGUUGAUAAAGUUGGAGAAGGUCAAGCUGAGGUUGAUGAAGUUGGUGAGGAUGAACUUGUUGGUGUGGAAGUUAUUGGUGAGGAUGAACUUGUUGGUGAGAAUGAACUUGUUGAUGAAGUUGAGGUUCGAGAAGUUAGAGAUGGUGAAGGUGAGGCUGAUGAAGUAGGAGAACAUGCUGAAGUUGAGGUUGGUGAACAUGCUGAAGUUCAUGUUGGUGAACAUGCUGAAGUUGAAGUUGGAGAACAUGCUGAAGUUCAGGUAGGUGAACAUGCUGAAGAAGGUGAUGCUGAUGUUGAUGAAGUUGGUGAGGAGGAUGUUGAACUUGAUGAGGUUUCUGAAGUUGGUGGAGUGGGGGAUGGUCAGGAUGAGGUUGAUGUUGAUGGUAGUAGUUGGAAUGUAUCUGAUGAAGAUGAUUUGGUGGAUGUAAGUGUGCAUGGAGAUGCACAACCCCAAAAAGAGGAAGAGGAAGAGGACUGGCUAGGGGGAAUAACAAGGGAAUGUACUACUCGAAAGAAGCAUGUAGAGGCAAGGGAUUAUCUGAUAGUCAGUGGGAAUCUGAUAACUGUGAUAGUAUAUAUUUAA